AUGGAACAGGCAAGGCAAAGAGGGCGACCGAGAAUUCACGACAGUGACACUGCACGACAGCGCAACCGACGAUUGCAUGAAACUGAUGAACAGAGAUCCACCCGCUUGGAAGCAGAGUCCCUCCGUCAGGGGUGUAGACGUCUGUCUGAGGAUACUGAAGCAAGGAACGUUAGGCAACGUGCAGACGCUCAGCGACACCAGUCAGUGCGUCAAAUUGAAAAUGCCGGAAGAACGAACUGUCCCGAUUACUUGAAGAUACGCAGCGCCACCGGGCGAUACGUGCUACAAACUGAUGACCAGCGGAUCAGUAGUCGACUCGAAGACGCUCAGCGACAUCAGCAGCGACGUAGCUUAGAAAGUGCUGAAAAAGUUCAGCUUGACGUGAGAAUGACGAGGAACGUCACCGUCGCAGGCGAGCGUCGUAGACGUGAUCAAGAGAGCAUAGAAGAGUAUUCUGCUAGGCGUGCAGAAAACGCUCAACGCCAGCGAAACAGACACGAGUUAGAGACUGUAGAAGAAAACUCUGCUCGGCGUGCGGAAAACGCUCAACGUCAGCGAAACAGACGCGAGUUAGAGAGCAACGAAGAACACUCUGCUCGGCGUGCGGAAAACGCUCAACGUCAGCGAAACAGACGCGAGUUAGAGACUGUAGAAGAAAACUCUGCUCGGCGUGCUGAAAACGCUCAACGUCAGCGAAAUAGACGCGAGUUAGAGACUGUAGAAGAAAACUCUGCUCGGCGUGCUGAAAACGCUGAACGUCAGCGAAAUAGACGCGAGUUAGAAACUAGCGUACAGCGAACUACCCGUCGACUGCAACACUCUCAGCGGCAGCGUUCGAGGCAUAGCCUAGGAAGCUCCGAAGACAGAACUGCUAGAUUGCAAGCAGAAGCUGCACGUCGACGUCAGCGGCGCGUGGAAUCAGGCGAGCUCAUUGGAAUAGCGUUACGUUCACGAAUGAGUGAGAUUCACUACCUGGGAGAGGUGAAUAAAGUGUGUGUGAAUUUGCGGACCUGA